GAUCCAGGCCAGGAGUUCAGUUUCCCCGAGCAGAAAAGAGCUUGGGCUGGACACAGCAGCCCCACAGGAAACAGCAGUUCUAGCUGGCAGCUGCAGGCAGCGGAGGAGGAAAAAAAACCACAGAGCCUCUCGCAUAAACUCAGAAGCCUCACGCCCCAAAGGGAAACGGAUCGCCAGGAGGGUCCACUGCGACCGCAUUAGGAGACUAUCAGUAUUCUUGGUGUAUGACCAACUCCAGUCUCUGACUUCACGGGCACACUGCCUUCCCUCUUCUAUCUGUUUCAAAUGUCCCUCUGCUUCUCUCUUACAAAGGACCCACCUGAAUAUCCAAAAACGUCACACCCACUUUUAGAUCUGUAACCUAAUCUCAUGUGAAAGGUAUGUCCUUCACAGGUGCCAGGGAUUAGCACACGAUAUAUUCAAAUGGUCAUUAUUCAGCCCACUACAACCAUAUUUCUACAUUUUUUUCCUUUUUAUCCUAUGUCAUGUGUUAUUACAAAAGUAAUGGGUAUUUGGUACAGGAAAUUAAAAUAUACAGAGACGCAAAAUAAGACAACUUAAAAUUCCCCAUAAUUUUUCUUCCCAGAGGUAAAUACCAUUAUUAUUCUGAUGCCUAUCUUUGCAGGGUUUUUCCUUGAAUGUACAUUUACAUAAAGGUUUCAUUAAAAUUGAAAAGUCCACCUGAUAGUACAGGCCCAGAUCUUACUUCCAAGAAGCCCAUCUCACAGUUGUGGGAAACAUACUUCCCUAAAAAAUAUAGAAUGUAGAAAUUCACUUUGGGGAAAACUCGCAUAUCCCUCUGCAUCAGAAAGGUGAAUCUCAGAGUGCUCAUUUUGAAACAAGAAAUUACACAACAUGAAAAAAAAAAAAAGUCUCAGUUUGUGCAAAGCAGAGGAAAGAGUAUGCAAGAAUGUCAUUCACAAGGGCAGAGAGAUUGAGAGAUUUCUCCAUUCCCGGAGCUGAAUAGAAGCUAUAAGCUGGCUUCCUGGAGUCUCUGACCACAAAUCUUGAAUGUGUGUGCCAGUGUGAGCCCCUGGCUGUUCAAGUGCAGAAGAGUGUCCCCACACAUCAUCGGGGGUGUGAAUUGGUACUGGUGAUCCAUGUGCCUGUGCUAACCUUGCCCAGAAUCCUGGUGACAGAGAACGCUCAUUUGCUGGACGUCUUCUGCGAUUCAAGAAUGAAGGAUAAUUUUACAGAAAGAAGAGGACAAUAUUGCAAUCAUCUUUGACAGGUCCAUUUGGAAAUAAUAUCUUCUACUAAAUAUAGAAAGGUAGAACACUUUUAUUCAGAACAAUGAAUUUUAUAAAGGAAAAUAGUCAAGACCUCAUUCAAAGGAUGGGCAUGACUGUUACCAAGCAAAUUGUGGAUGAUCUGUUUGGGUGGAAUGUUCUGAAUAGUGAAGAAGUAAGCAUGAUUUAUUGUGAGAAGGUGGAGCAGGAUGCUGCACGAGGGAUCAUUCACAUGAUUUUGAAAAAGGGCUCAGAGGCCUGCAACCUCUUUCUUAAAUGUCUUGAAAAAUGGAACUAUCCUCUGUAUCAGGACUUGAAUGGACAAAGUCUUUUUCAUCAGCUAUCAGAAGGAGACUUAGAUGAUUUGGCUCAGGAUUUAAAAGAUUUAUACCGUACCCCCUCUUUUCUGAACUUCCAUCCCCUGGGUGAAGAUAUUGAUAUUAUUUUUAAUUUGAAAAGGACCUUCACAGAGCCUAUCCUUUGGAGGAAGGACCAACACCAUCACCGUGUGGAGCAGCUGACCCUGAGUGGUCUGCUGGAGACUCUGCAGAGCCCCUGCAUCAUUGAAGGGGAAUCGGGCAAAGGCAAGUCCACCCUGCUACAGAGAAUCGCCAUGCUCUGGGCCUCUGGGAAGUGUGGGGCCCUGACCAAGUUCAAAUUUGUCUUCUUUCUUCGUCUAAGCAGAGCCCAGGGUGGACUGUUUGAAACCCUGUGUGAUCAGCUGGUGGAUGUACCUGACACAAUCAGGAAGCGCACCUUCAUGGCUAUGCUGCUGAAGCUAAGGCAGGGGGCUCUUUUUCUCCUUGAUGGCUACAAUGAAUUCAAGCCUGAGAACUGCCCAGAAAUCGAAGCCCUGAUAAAGGAAAACCACCGCUUCAAGAACAUGGUCAUAGUCACCACCACCACCGAGUGCCUGAGGCACAUCAGGCAGUUUGGUGCCCUAACUGUCGAGGUGGGGGAUAUGACCGAGGACAGUGCCCGGGUUCUCAUCCGAGAAGUGCUGAUUAAGGAGCUUGCUGAAGGCUUGCUGCUCCAGAUUCAGAAAUCCAGGUGCUUGAGGAAUCUGAUGAAGACCCCUCUCUUCGUGGUCAUCACUUGUGCAAUCCAGAUGGGUGAGAGUGAGUUCCACUCUCACACACAAACCACACUGUUCUGUACCUUCUAUGAUCUGCUGAUACAUAAAAACAGGCACAAACAUAAAGGCGCAGCUGCAAGUCAUUUAACCCGGAGCCUGGAGCACUGUGGAGACCUGGCUCUGGAGGGGGUGUUCGCCCACAAAUUUGACUUUGAGCUGGAGGACGUGUCCAGCGUGAAUGAGGACGUCCUGCUGACAACUGGACUCCUCUGUAAAUACACAGCUCAAAGGUUCAAGCCCAAGUAUAAAUUCUUCCAUAAGUCCUUCCAGGAGUACGUAGCGGGACGCAGGCUCAGCAGUUUAUUGAUGUCUCCCAAGCCAGAGGAAGUCACCAAGGGGAAGAGUCACUUGCAGAAAAUGGUUUCCAUUUCAGACAUUACCUCCCUGUAUAGCAACCUGCUCCUGUAUACAUGCGGGUCCUCUGCCGAAGCCACCAGAGCUGUCAUGAGGCACCUUGCUGCUGUGUAUCAACAUGGCAGCCUGACAGGGCUUUCCAUCACCAAGAGGCCUCUCUGGAGGCAGGAAUCUAUGCAAAGUUUGAAGAACACCAGUGAGCAAGAAAUUCUGAAAGCCAUCAACAUCAAUUCCUUUGCAGAGUGUGGCAUCAAUUUAUUCCAUGAGAGUAUAUCUAAAUCGGCCCUGAGCCAAGAAUUCGAAGCUUUCUUCCGUGGUAAAAGUUUGUAUAUCAAUUCAGACAAUAUCCCUGACUACCUAUUCGACUUCUUUGAACACUUGCCUAAUUGUGCAAGUGCUCUGGACUUCAUCAAACUGGAUUUCUAUGGAGGCGCCUCAGGUUCACAGGACAAGGCUACAAAAGAUGGAACGAGAAUCCCCACAGAAGAGUCCUCGGAAACCUACAUUCCCAACCGGGCUGUGUCUUUGUUCUUCAACUGGAAACAGGAAUUCAAGACUCUGGAGGUCACACUCCGGGAUUUCAGCAGGUUGAAUAAACAAGAUAUCAAAUACCUAGGAAAGAUAUUCAGCUCCACAGCAAGCCUCAGACUGUCUGUUAAGAGAUGUGCCGGUGUGGCUGGAAGCCUCAGUUCAAUCCUCAGCACCUGCAAGAAUAUCCAUUCCCUCAUGGUAGAAGCCAGUCCCCUCACCAUAGAAGACGAACAGCACAUCACAUCUGUGACAAACCUGACAACUUUGAGUAUUCAUGACCUUCAGACUCAACAGCUACCAGGUGGUCUGAUUGACAGCUUGGGUAAUUUGAAGAACCUUGUGAAGCUCAUACUGGAUAACAUUAAGAUGAAUGAGGAAGAUGCUAUAAAACUAGCUGCAGGUCUGACAAACCUGAAAAAGAUGUGUUUGUUUCGUCUGACCCACUUGUCUGACAUUGGGAAGGGAAUGGAUUACAUAGUCAAGUCUCUAUCAGGCCAACCCUGUGACCUUGAAGAAAUCCAAUUAGUUUCCUGUUGCCUUUCUGCAAAUUCUGUGAAAACCCUAGCUCAGAAUCUUCAUAAUCUGGUCAAACUGAGCAUUCUUGAUUUAUCAGAAAAUUACCUGGGGAAGGAUGGAAAUGAAGCUCUACAGGAACUGAUUGGCAGGCUGGACCUCCUCAAACAGCUCACUGUGCUGAUGCUGCCCUGGUGCUGGGAUGUGCUAGUCAGCCUGGCCAGCCUGCUGGAGCAACUGGAGACGGCCUCCCAGCUUGUCAAGCUAGGGCUGAAAGAUUGGAGACUCACAGAUGCGGAGAUUAGAGUUUUAGGUGCUUUUUUUGAAAAGACGACUCUGAAAAACUUCCAGCAGUUGGAUUUGGCAGGAAAUUGUGUGAGCAGUGAUGGAUGGCUUGCCUUCAUGAGUGUAUUUGAGAAUCUUAAGCAAUUAGUAUUUUUUGACUUCAGUACUGAAGGAUUUUUACCAGAUGCAGCAUUAGUCAGAAAACUUAGCCAUGUGUUAUCCAAGUUAACUUUUUUGCAAGAAGCUAGGCUUAUUGGAUGGCAAUUUGAUGAUGAUGAUGUCAGUGUUAUCAAAGGUGCUUUUAAACUAGUAAUUGUUUAAAUAAAGGGUACCCUAAGCCAA